AUGCGAUAUGGCCUUGAAAGCAUCACAGAGCUAGGUUGGAAGGUUCGAUGUUGGAGAGCAUGUUGUGGGUUGGCGGCACCCAUGCAUGAUGCCACACCCUCACUUACGUCGCAACAGUGGUCGAAAAGCGAGCGCAGAUAUGAAGACGACGCAACAAUGCUGCAUCCGAAGUAUUCGUCAAUGGCAAGCAGCCCAGGCGCGAGACGGUCGCCGGCAAUCGAGCAAGCCCAGCUAGUUCUACCACAGGGACGGCACCUCUGUCACAUCUUCCCCGUCUUCGGCGUGGGCAACCUGGUGCUUGGCUCGAACGCCUUGCCAUCUACGACUGUAGUAACCGUGUACGUAGCGUUUCAGCACUGCCGACUGCCUUGUUGGUAUGACCGUAGCAUCCGAUCGAUAUCCCGAUGCUCUGAACAAGCCACCCUAUGCUCAUUUCUCGACAUCCUCGCCAGACACACGUGCUGUGAGCAUUUCUACGCCCUUUCUCCGUCCACCUAUAUCAUCAGCCGGCGGGGCAUCGCAAUGCUUUCAACGACCACACCCACGCCAAUCCCACCAAGCGCUAGUCAGCAAAUCUCUCCAACCAUUCCACCUAUGCAGCAAAUCCCAACCGACCUAGCACACAGCUCAAUGCCCGUCGAGCGCCGGCCGAGCAAUCUAGCCAAACAUGAAUCGCAGACACUACCCCUGGACCUAUCCCGAGACAACGCCUCGCACUCAGACGAAGAAAGCAGCACAUGUAGCAGCGACAUCCAAAGCGCACAAGAAAAAGAAAUCGGCAUCUCUCAUCAUCACCAUCAUCAUCAUCAUCAUCAUGAAAAACUCCACGAAGCAACAUCACCACCACCCCCACCACCACCUCCACCACCACCAAAAAUCUUCGAUCACACAACCGCACCCCCCCACCGUCCCCAAACUGCCAACCCACUCCAUCCCCGCCCAAACGUCCAUCUGGAAAUCUUCCCAGGCGGACUCCGUCGCCGCACCUCUCUGGGCCCCAUCGAGCAAUCUCCCGUCUCUCCCACCACACCCUCAGGCUUCUUAUGUUCGACCUCUCCCGUGCCGGAAAUUCCCGAUGAUGAGAAAGCUCCUCCCGCAGUGCAGCAGCAGCAGGAUGAGGAGGAUUUCCCGUGUAGCAGUACGAUGGAUUGGGCGGAGCAGCAGGCUCCGGGUCGGAAAAGGGGGAGACGGAUGUUGUUGAUUUUUUCGGCGUGUUCGAUUGUUGUUUUGGGGAUUUUGGGGGUUGCGUUGGGGGUGGAUUUUGCGGUUAGGGAUCGGAAUGGUAUAGGGGAAAAUUUGGGUGGGGAGUUCUAG